AUGGAACCCAAUAUAUGGCCUCAAAUUGUACGGAAUUCAAACCAAAUUUCAAAAACCUCAAAACGGAAGCCCAACGUUUUCCGGCAGUUUCUCAAACCUGAAUCUUUCAAGGCUUUCUCCGAGCAGACAGCUCUCAUAAUAGUUGAUACCCCGAAGUCCGAACCUCCGGGCGCAUCUCCGGCGGUGAAUUCAUUAUCAAUCCACGCUGUUCUCAAACACUUUGUUGGGGGAAAUGGUGGCUCAGACGAUAUUGGGUCCGAUGAAACUGAACUCCAACAGCAUCAAAGAUUGGAGAAGCUUUACGUAUCUACUCGUGCUGCCAAGCACUUUCAAAGAGACAUUGUCCGAGGCAUGGAAGGUUAUAUCGUCACUGGAAACAAACAAGUUGAGAUUGGUACCAAGUUGUCAGAAGAUAGCCGGAAAUACGGCUGUGAAAACACAUGCACCAGUGGGAAUACUUUGUCCAAGGUGGCACUAAGUUAUAGUAAGGCCCGUGCUCAAAUUGAAAAAGAACGUGACAAUAUGCUGAAACUGUUUCGAACUCAGGUUACAGAGCCUUUAAGGGCGAUGAUUGUGGGGUCCCCACUAGAAGACGCUCGGCAUCUUGCGCAAAAGUACGAUAGAGUGAGACAGGAGACUGAAUCUCAGGUCAUUGAUGUCGCUCGAUGCCAAGCUAGAGUUAGGGAGACAAACGUUAAUCCAGAGAAUAUAUCAAAGCUGGAAGCUUCUGAAAUGAAGCUUCACGAGCUUAAGUCAAAUAUGGCUACACUAGGUAAAGAAGCAGCCUCUGCAAUGGCUGCUGUUGAAGGUCAACAGCAGAGGUUGACUUUACAGAGAUUAAUAGCCAUGGUUGAAGCCGAGAGAACUUAUCAUCAACGUGUCCUUGAGAUACUCAAUCAGCUAGAAGCUGAGAUGUUAUCCGAACGUCAAAACAGUGAAACUCCACACAUGGGGGCUGCUGAUAGCACAAAGCCUCCGCCUUGCAAUGUGUCUGAAUAUUUUGUCUCUCAAACGUUCGACAGGUCAACUGAUGGCACGGGUUACUUCCUUGGGGAGGUCAUUCAUGCAUACCAAGCGGAGUCUGAUGUGGAGCUGACUUUAGCUCUUGGCGACUAUGUUGUUGUCCGAAAGGUGACAAACAGUGGUUGGGCCGAAGGUGAAUGUAAAGGGAAGGCAGGCUGGUUCCCAUUCCAGUUUGUCGAGAGACGAGAACGUGUUCUUGCCAGCAAAGUGGCUGAAGUAUUUUGA